AUGCUGAGAGAGGUUAUCAAGGAUAAGAUCGAUGUCCCUGAUAAUUUCAAAGCAAAAAACUUUAAAUUAUGGAAGGUUAAUGUCCCUAUUAACUCGCCAUAUCUCAAUGACCCAAGUGUAGACAUUUCGAAUGUGCUUGAUGGAGAACUCGAUAUGAUGAAUGAAAAAAUUGAAGAUUUAAGAAAAGAUAAAUCUGUAAUACAAAUAUUAAGCGUAAAAGAAGAAGAAUACUUGGCAAAGUAUACUGAGCUUGAUUAUAAAUUAACAACUCUUGAAAUUGAACUGCCAGGCCUUGACAUAUUGGACUAG